AGUAAAAAUUAUCUAACCGGUGCUAGGUAAUAAAAUUUAAAAAAUAAAAAAAAAAAUAAAAAUAGAUAAAUAUAACGGGUUGGAUAUUGAUAUAAACUUAUAGUAAUUCUAAUAAUCUAUGGUUUGUGCGCGUAUUAUUGAUGUGUGAAUUGUUAAAAUUCGUUGAACUUUGUGUUUAUAUUUGAAUCGAUUUUUAGUUUAUUAAACUUUUUGUUAUAAAAUUUUUAUGGUAAACAUUAUUGUCAUCCAAUAUCAAGUUGAAGAAUUUAUGACUUAUCCUGUGUUGAAGGUAGAUACGAUUGGUUAACGCGUUCGACAUAAAGCUCCAAGUGGAGUUGUUAACCAUCGCACUUAAAUAUGGAUGUUGGUGCUGAAAAUCAAAUUUAAAAGAAAUGAUGGCAAUAUUCUUGACUGUAUAGUGUUUGCAUACAUUGUGAGGAAUUAAUACAACCUAUAUAAAAUAAAGAGAAUCUCUGAAAUAAUCAAGCCAAUGCCAAGUAAAUUCGUUCGGACUAGCUGCGUGUAUUCUAGACUAGACUCUAGAUAUUACUACACAUAUAAGACAAUACAUAAAUGCUAAUUUAGACUAUAACAUUCUUCCAAGACUAAUAAUUACAUGUAGAUACCAACAUCAACUUCAAUAUAUUUUAAUAUUAUAUUCUCUUAUUUGUAAACAUAAGCCGUGAGAGGACGAAAUUCUUACAAGUUGUUUAAACUUGUUCAUUUAUUAAUUUUCCUUGAAAACUUUUGUAAAAACUUCUUCAUAUGUUGACUAUAGAUUUACUAUAUAAACAAUCAUGCGGUCUUCUGUAAACAUUUAUUUGCCAUUAGACAAUAUUUUUAAAAUGUAUAGUGUAUUUGAAGAGAAAGUCGUAGCCGAAAAUAUUAAUUUCGACCUUUUAAGGUCAGAUUUAAAGGUUAACUUAAAAGUCGACAAUAUAAAUAAGCACAAAAUCAAUUCAAUGGAUUUAAUUGUACAAGAGAAAGAAUACGAAAGAUUUGAACGUUCAAGACUGAAUUCUAGUGACGGCGACGCUGUGGAAAUACAUGAUCAGUUCUAUCGUGAUCACAAGCUAUUGCUUAUUCUCUUUCGUGUAUUGGCAGUCAUGCCUAUUUUACGCAGCGAACCAGGGCGCAUUACGUUUUCUUGGAGAUCGAUUGCUACCAUUUACGCUAUUAUUUUUUGGUGUCUUAUGACUGUAGUCGUAAUAAUUGUCGGCAAAGAACGUAUUCAUAUUCUUCAGACAACCACGCAAUUCGAUGAAUACAUUUAUGCGAUAAUAUUUGUUAUAUACUUAGUACCACAUUUUUGGAUACCUUUUGUUGGUUGGGGUGUGGCUACUGAAGUUGCAAAAUAUAAAACAUCUUGGGGAGCUUUUCAGCUUAGGUAUUUUCGGGUUACUGGUACAUCUUUGCAAUUUCCACGUUUAAAAUCCUUGAUAGUUGUCAUUUCUGUGGGUUGUCUACUUUGCGCCAUUCUAUUUCUACUUUGCUUAUCAUUUUUGUUGGAAGGAUAUCCUCUGUGGCAUACAUUGGCCUACUAUCAUAUCAUUACAAUGAUUAACAUGAAUUGUGCACUUUGGUAUAUAAAUUCGAGAGCUAUUAAAACGGCCUCUUAUUCGAUGGCGUUGUGUUUUCGCAAGGAAGUAAUGAAAGAUUGUUCAGCUCCGAUAAUAUCUAAAUACCGUUUCUUGUGGUUGAAUCUUAGUGAAUUGUUACAAUCACUCGGAAACGCUUAUGCUCGAACUUAUUCAACACUUUGUAUUUUUAUAUUCGUUAAUAUUGUUAUAGCUGUAUAUGGAGCAUUCGCCGAAAUUGUUGAUCAUAAACACGGCUAUACCAUUUCGUAUAAAGAGGCUGGACUGAUAGUUGAUGUCGUAUAUUGCUGCACUUUAUUAUUUAUAUUUUGCGAUUGCUCUCAUAAUGCCACACUCGGUGUGGCGAAGGGUAUACAAAAGACAUUACUGUCCAUUAAUUUGCUCAAAGCCGAUUUGGAGGCUAAAAACGAAAUUGAUUUGUUCAUAGUGGCCAUCGAAAUGAAUCCAGCUAUAGUUAGUUUAAAAGGCUACGUUACUGUAAAUCGUGAACUUCUCUCUGGAUCGAUUGGUAUGAUCACGGUUUACUUAUUAGUCUUGAUACAAUUUAAAUUUUCUUUGGAUAAAUCAACUACAAAUGUGUGAACUAUUAAUUGCUUUAUUUUAAAUAAUAAAUUAUGACAAACUCUCUUGACUAUUUAAACCUCUUUACAUAGCCAAGGACAAGAGAA